GGCACUUCGCAACGGUUAGUACGAGUGUAACGGCCAGUGUCGGCAUUGCGCGUUUGUCACGCAUUUUCUAAUCGCAGCGCAAGCCACUACCAAUCGAUCGCUAAUUAUCAUUACGGUGACGUCACAACGCAGCUGAGAUAGUGGCGAUGUUGGUCACAGCGCUUAAGCACCGAACGCCAAUUGCGAUAAAGUUUUAGCGCAAACCAAAAUAAUAACAAAACGCUUCGUCUGAAUUUGGUAGUUCGAGUUAGUUGGUCGCACGGGCUUUGCGCGUGCCGCUAAUUUACAGUUGUUGCGUUGCGACAUUUCCAUAUUAACUAAAACGCGCCACAUCACACAACGGCACACCGGUUUCGGUUUCGGUAUCGAGUGUUGUCUGAUAGGUCUGAGCAACCGGGCGAAGCUUGCUUUUCUUCGCUACCAAACGAGCAUCACUCAGUCAGAACCAUAGCUGGUAUCAGCGAGUUCGGACGCGCCGACGGAACACGGUCACCAGAGGGCGUGAAGAAUUGUUCACAUAGUUUUUUUUUCUUGAUCUAUUGUUAUCUGUCAGAAACGCCUCCUCGAAAGGAUUUGCAGUGCAGGACUUCAUGAAAAUAAUUUAGAUACAGUGUUGUGAAAUUGAAAAAUGUCUGUGACGUAUUUGAAAAAAGUUUAAAAUAUUUGAAAAAAAAAAUUACAGUUAAAUAACUGAACUGCCUGCAUAUAUGUACAUAAAUGGAAAUUAUUUUAAAAAUUAUACGCAUAAAUUUCUUCACGAAUGGAAGCUGAUAUCUGUUGUCUGCUAAGCAAUACUAAUCGAUCGAUUCAAAUUACCAUAGCAACAGCUAGAAAGCAGUUUUGAAAAACCAAAAUAUAGCAUGUGCUUAUAACUGUAGCGAGAGGAACACACCACAUGGUCACAGUUUUAAAUUCGCUUAAUUGACUGUGGAUGAUUUAACAAACCAUAAAUACUGUUACUCAGAACAGGCAAAAGCCAACGGAACGAAGACUAUAAUUUAUUGAAACCAAAAUAUUGAUAGUAUUAGAAGUAUUAGAAGCAGUACAAAGCGUAGAAAAUGAAUCCCGAGCUAUCGAAAAUAGAUGGCAGCACUCUUGUGCUCUCACCGCUCAUUACAAAAGCGUUGAAGAAAAAACCGGCAAAACCACUGGGCGAACGCAAGAAAGCGGUGCUACGACAGGAACUGAUGGUGUUGCUUGGUAAUACCUGUGUGGUAGCGUCUGGUAUGUCUGUGGCCUUGCCAUCAGUUUCACUGACCCAACUAACGAGUAAAGAUGACAUUUUUCAACUUUCAACCGAGGAAAGCAGUUGGUUUGCAUCCAUCAAUAGUAUGGCUUGUCCAAUUGGUGGUUUGAUUGUUGGUUAUCUGAUGGAUCGUUUUGGUCGCAAAAACACAAUGCUUCUUACCAAUGUAAUUGGUAUAAUUGGUUGGGUCUUGUUGGUAACUGCGCCCUAUCAAGCUUCCAGAGAUGCAAUUUUCCUACAACUUUUGAUUGGUCGUUUUGUGUCGGGUCUUAUGAUGGGCGCAGCGCUGUCGCCUAUUGGCUCGUACUCGGCGGAAAUCAGUUUGCCGCGCAUGCGUGGUCGUCUGAUUUUGGGCUCGUCCAUUGCCAUAGCCACGGGUAUAUUGCUGAUGUAUGUGCUGGGUUUCAUUAUACGUAACCAAUUUCAACUGAUCUGCCUCAUCUCGGCCAUCUAUCAAUGCGUUGCGUUCUGCUGUGUUUUGCCAAUGCCGGAGUCGCCCAGCUGGUUGCUGCAGAAGGGACUUGCGGAAAAGGCACGCAAAUCGCUCAAGUAUUUCCGUGGUCUCUCUGAGAAUGACAAAACCACCUAUGACGAGUUCGAAAAGGAAUUGGCGAUGAUCAAGAAGAAUUCCGAUCAGAGUCGAGCAGCUGCCGAAAGUGAAUCACUAUUGCAAGCUAUACGUUCGCCCGAAGUCUAUAAGCCACUCGUCAUGAUGAUCGGCUUCUUUUUCUUCCAACAAUUCUCAGGCAUUGUCAUUGUAAUUGUCUUCGCUGCGCAAAUCGCCACCAGCGCCGGCGUCUCCGCAGAUCCUAUGCUUGUGGCCAUCUUCGUCGGUAUUGCACGCAUCAUCACCACCUUCUUCAUGAGCACGAUCUUUGAGCGUUGGGGUCGUCGGCCAGCAGGUAUGCUCUCGGCCACCGGCAUGACAGUCUGCAUGUUUUUGCUAGCGGCAAACGGCUGGUGGCCCGUCAUCGGUGAAUACUUGCCGCUGCUGCCAAUUGUUUGCAUUGUGCUGCACAUCAUAUUCUCGACAUUGGGACUGCUGACACUGCCAUUCUUAAUGAUCUCCGAAGUGUUUCCACAGCGCGUGCGUGGCAGCGCUAACGGUUUCACGCUGUUUGUUGGACUUACAUUCUCGUUCGGCGUUGUGAAGCUGUAUCCCAGCAUAGAGGCGCUCAUCGGUACAUCCAAUAGCUUCGCCGGUUUCGGUCUCGUUUCACUGCUCGGCUUUGUGUUCAUCAUUUUCGUCGUGCCCGAGACGAAGGGCCGUACACUAUUGGAGAUUGAGAACUACUUCCGCACCGGACGACGUGUAACGAACGCGCAGGUGGCACGCCGUCAAUCGCAGAUCGCAAUGGAGGUUGCUGCGGGCGUAUACAGUUCACAAUAUGAGCUGGAUGAGGUUAUUAUGCGGCUGAGUAAAUUGCACGAAGAUUGCGAGGCAAUGGAGAAUGAUGAUUGAGUGUGAAAUAUUUAAGAUAUAUUGAGGGGACAUAUUUAUUAUUUCUUGCUUUGUUUUGUUUAGAAUAAGAGUACUUAAUGUUAGUAUUAAAUAAAUUAAUUAUACUGUGAUGCUAGCUCCAGCUUGCAAUUAGA